GGUUUCUAGACAUAUAUAUAGUACCUAGAGUAUUGCUUCAAUCGAUGGAUAAUUUAAUCCGUGUCACUUGCCCUUACAAUGGCGUCGAGCUGUAGCCGUGGCUUGCGUGUUGCAGUGCGACGAAUACGGGUCUGUGAUUGGACAGCAUGUCGUAUUGCUCAAUGGUCGUAAUUUCAGGGGGACCCGAGCGCAGACACCAGCAUCGAAACAGUAGGUCCCGUCCACCAUGGAGCCUCGAUGAUUUCGUGACUUCAUGCCUCGACAAUCAAUCACGAUCCCCAACCCAGCCCACUCGGUGUGGUAUGCUGUUUCCCUCGUUUAAUCGUUCUCUCCAUUGCGCCUUGAAUAGACGCUUUUCUUUCCAAUCUAGCAAACAACGUCAAUUGCUCCAGACUGGGUGCAAGCAACUUUAACCUAUAAAACACGCCUCGAUCGAUCUGUCCGACAACUACCAACCUCUCGAUUCCCUCAUUUGACGCCCCAUCCAUCCCGCCGCGAGAGCGGCAACCACGGUCGCCUAGGCGUUGAUACUAUUGCAUUUAUAUAACAACUCAAUCUUCUAAUUUCUAAUAUCGCGUUCGAUUCGACAAGAUGGCGUUUCAAGGUCGUAGUCCGUUGGAUGAAAAUAACUCGGCACCUUCGCCAAUGCCAGAUCUACACCGGAAUCGGUUACCUACUCUUUUCGAGGUCUUGAGCCGAAGGACCCAUCCUCCUGUUGACCUCUUCUCCUUCUACAUAUAUAUGCGCGACCAGCAGCGAUCGGUCGACUACUUGGACUUCUGGCUGGAUGUUGCGCAACAUAUGUCAUUAUGCCGCCACUAUGUUCGAGAGUUACGAAGAUCAGUAUUGGUCAGGACCCCAGAUUUAGAAAAGGAGGAAUCAAAAAGAUCCUCGAGGGCCUUGGAGGCGAUUGGCGAUAUCAGCGCCGGUCCUUCUAUGGGAACAGAGAAAGAACGGGAGCAAAAUGCGCAGAUGUCGGCGUACCUACGAGAUCAGCCUGCACCCAGCGCAAGCGUAAUGGUCGAUUCACCACAGGGCAGCCAAGAACGACGGGCAAGAGCUAGCACACAGCUGAGCUCUCCAGGCAUCACCUCGGAUUCCAACUCUCCAGCACACGCUGUCUCUCGGGAGGAUAUCAGGGCAUCGGCCGAAUCCAUACUAUACACCUUCCUGCUUCCAGGUGCCGAACGCGAAAUAACGCUUCCUGGCUCCAUCACGUCGGAUAUCACUACUGCCAUCGAGCAAGAUGGUCGCGAUGAUCCAGAAGUAUUUGACGUGGCCAAAGAUUACGUUUUCCAGGCCAUGGAGCGAGACGCAUUCCCCGGUUUCUUGAGAGCUCGUGCUUUCGGCAAUUUGAUUCCGCCUACCAUCCUCGCAAGGUUGAUUAUUGGACUCAUUGCUAUGUUCGGCGGGUUCUGGACUGCUUUCAUCCUCAUCUUCCUCAACGCCUCACGUGCCACUCGAUGCUGGGAAAUUCUCCCCUUCACGAUAGGUGUAUACUUCCUGUGCUCCUAUCAGUACUCGUUAGAUCCGAUCAUGGCUCUCAUCGGCUUGACCGAAUACACGCCGUUCUCCUUCGUCCGAAUCCGAGAGCCGUACGUGCGCAAAUUGCUGAUAAAGCGCUCCAUCACCGUACUGGCUGUCACUAUCCUGGUCGACGCGGCUGUUUCGGUGCUGUUCAUCCUGGUCCCAGGAAAACGACUUUGAGGUGAUCGGUUCAACGACCGCGUCCCUUCUCUAACGACCCUCACGACUGGCUCGUUCUACUUUUGCGUUGUCUUUUUUUUUUUUUUUUAUUCUUU